UCCCUUGGGAUUAGUUUCAGGCCUUUCAGUUUAGGUCUGCUCUGCGCUGACCAGCUUCCUCUGCGUGCCUUGUUCCUUCCUCGUCAAGGGUCAAACUCGUUGCGUGUUGUCAGCUACUUCUACUCCAUACCGGCUUCGUUGUGAGCUAGGUGUAGACCAGCUUGCAUUGAGCUGGUUGUAGCUGAGCCACAUAAUAGCCAUGGAGGCACUUGCAGCGACUGGUCCGUCCGUCUGCUCAUUGCACCAGGCGGCAGCGCAGGAUCGGCCAUCCAAGCAUGGGAGGAGGACGCGGCAAUGGCGGAUCACUCGUCGCAGUGACGAGGCUGUUCGGCCGAACUGCGCUAUUUCCGCUAGUGCGGUCGCUGCUACGUCAGCAUUCCCCGUACCACUGCAAGCCAAACGCCUUUGGCUGGCUCCCUGCGUGGACGCCCUUAGCGCUCCCCGUACCGCUUUCCCCCGCCCAUCUUUCUCGGCGGAAGCACAGGCGGGGCGCCUGACUGUGCGCGCGGAAGCGCAAGCAGGUGCGGUAGCGGCGGACGUUCCCCCACUGGAGACGAAGCUUUACGACUACGUGGUUAUCGGCAGCGGCAUUGCCGGGCUUCGAUUCGCGCUAGGCGUCGCGGCGAAGGGCACAGUAGCGGUGGUGACUAAAGCCGAGCCGCAGGAGGGCAGCACGAACUACGCGCAGGGUGGCGUGAGCGCGGUCCUGGAUCCGCUAGAUUCGAUCGAGAAUCAUAUCUCGGAUACGAUCGUGGCGGGCGCGUAUCUGAACGAUGUGGAGGUGGUGGAAGUGGUGUGUCGGGAGGGGCCCGAGCGCGUGCGCGAGCUGAUGCGCAUGGGCGCAAGCUUCGACCGCGGGGACGACGGGCGCCUGCUGCUUGCGCGCGAGGGGGGGCACUCCCACUCGCGGAUUGUGCACGCGGCGGACGUGACCGGGCGGGAGAUCGAGCGCGCGCUGCUGACGGCGGCGCAGAAAACGAAGAGGAUCGACAUGUUUGAACACCACAUGGCGAUCGACCUGCUGACCCGACAGGAGGGCGAGGGGCAGAGCACGUGCUAUGGGGUUGAGGCGUUGGACAUUGAGACGGGGCAGAUCAUCCGCUUUAUUGCGGGAUCCACUCUGCUCGCUUCGGGAGGGGCCGGGCACGUGUAUCCCAACACCACCAACCCCACGGUGGCAACUGGGGAUGGCGUGGCUCUGGCUCUUCGUGCCGGCGCCGGCAUUUCCAACAUGGAGUUCAUUCAGUUCCACCCAACAGCUCUAGCAGACGCAGGGCUGCCCAUCCAGCCUCCCGGUCCACGCCCCAACUCCUUCCUCAUCUCCGAAGCUGUCAGAGGAGCAGGCGGGCUGCUCUACAACCAAGCAGGCGAGCGCUUUAUGUUGCAAUACGACCCCCGGGCGGAACUCGCCCCUCGUGACGUGGUCGCCCGGUCCAUCGACGACCAGCUGAAGCGCCGCGGGGACCUCUUUGUCUACCUCGACAUCUCGCACAAACCGACGGACGAGAUCCUCCGCCACUUCCCCAACAUCGCGGCGGAAUGCAAGCGCUGGGGGGUGGAUAUCACAAAGGACCCGAUCCCCGUGGUCCCAGCCGCGCACUACAUGUGUGGCGGCGUGCAGACGGGUCUGUUCGGGGAGACGUCGAUCCGGGGAUUGUGGGCGGCGGGGGAGGUGGCAUGCACGGGGUUGCAUGGGGCGAACCGGCUGGCGUCAAACUCCCUCCUGGAAGCGCUGGUGUUUGCCCAGAGAGCUGUGGAGCCGGCUAUUGCACAUGCUGUGGCUGCUGCGCCUCUGAAUCAUGUUCUUGCGGGGUUGGCGGAUGGGGGGGAUGUGGAAGGGGUGGUGUGGGGUGGAGAGGAGUGGGAGGGAGAGGGGGAGGGGGAAGGGGAGGGGGAGGUGGUGAAGGUGGUGGGGUUGAGAAGGGGGGAUCCAGGGGCGGUUGCAGCUGCUCAAGUGACUGCCAGCUACAGGGAGCAGCUAAAGGCCAUAAUGUGGCGCUAUGUCGGCAUCGUCCGAUCCACUGACCGCCUACGAAUAGCCCAGAGGGAAAUCGACACGCUGGCGGCCACCUGGCGCUCGGACCUCGAGACCACUGUACAGCUGCCACGUGGCGCCGUCUCAGUGGAGACGUGCGAGAUGGAGAAUCUAAUCAACGUGGCGUCACUCGUCGUACAGAGCGCAUUGAGGCGGCGCGAGAGCCGAGGUCUGCAUUUCACCACAGAUUUCCCAGCACAGUCAGAAUCGGCUCGCCUGCAUACCGUGCUGGUGGCGGGGUGUUUGGACGAAGAGGAGGAUGACUGGGAGGAGGGUGGUGGGAGGGAGAGUGACAGUGAUGGGGCGAGCGAUCUGGAGGCUAGGUUCGGAGCCACGGAGAGGCUUGGGUGGACGACGUGGUGGAGGCAGUCGGGGCCUGUGGUCCGGCAGACAGGCCCGGGUGCAAGACAGGCUCGGCCAGUGGAGAGGAGAGCAGGUGGUGAGAGGAGGCAGGGAGGGCCAAUGCGACCUCAAGCUAAGCUGACUCUCAAGGGGAAACCACAACGGCUGGAAAGCCAGCCUCCACCUCAAUAGAGGGGGAUCCGAAACAGAGACUUGUGAAUCUUAUUCCGGGAUAGGCAUUUAUGUUGUGGAUUGUGUUCUUAAUUCUUAUUUUAGUCCCCUCUGCACCAGCAGUUAUGAAGUACUUAUUGAUCGUGUGUAUUGGC